AUGAUCGAUCUGUUCCGGGGCUACAACUCGUUCACCCUGCCCUUCCGGAAUGCCACCGAUCUUCCAAUUAUCGUCAAGAUUGCGAUGCAAUUGGUACUGCUCGUGAAUGUGGACGAGCUCGACCAGGUGAUGCACACCAAUGUAUGGUUGACCCUGCGCUGGAACGACUAUCAGCUACGCUGGAAUCCGGAGGACUACGAUGGAAUCACGGAAAUCAGGGUGCAGCCCGAGAAGAUAUGGCUGCCGGAUAUUGUGCUGUUCAACAACGCCGACGGAAACUACGAGGUCUCCUUCAUGUGCAACGCCGUCAUCAACUACCAGGGCGGCGUGCAAUGGGUGCCACCAGCCAUCUACAAAUCCUCGUGCAUCAUUGAUGUCGAAUUCUUUCCCUUCGACUCGCAGGUGUGCCACCUCAUUUUUGGCAGCUGGACGUACAGCCGCGAGGAGGUGAAGCUCGACUUUGAGCGUUCGGAUUAUGUGGAUGUGUCGGAAUACACCGAGUCAAAAAUCUGGGAUUUGAUGGACGCUCCGGCAGUACUCGUCGAAGACCGGAGUCGCAUCGAAUUCCACAUCAAGAUCAGAAGAAAACCGCUGUUCUACACGGUGGUGCUGAUUCUUCCAACCGUUCUGAUGGCUUUUCUCAACGUCACCGUCUUUUAUCUACCGACCGCUUCCGGCGAGAAAAUGGGGUUGACGAUGAACGUGUUGCUGUCGAUUGUCGUGUUCUUGCUGCUCGUCUCGAAACGACUUCCACCCACGUCGAGUUCCAUUCCGUUGGUGGCCAAGUACCUCCUGCUCACCUUCUUGCUCAACAUCAUCACCAUCGUGAUCACCGUGGUGGUGUGCAACAUCUACUUCCGAUCCCCCAUCACCCAUCGAUUGCCCCCAUGGGUUCGGACCGUGUUUUUAAAGUGGCUACCGAUCCUGCUGUGCAUGAAGCGGCCUCCGCUCGACCAGAAGCACCUGAAACGACCGCAGGUGCCGCCUCGGCAUCUCGGACCCCCGCUGCUGCCCCAUCAUCAUCAUCCCCUUUGCGGGGUUCCUGGCACCGGCGACGACAGCGAUGAGGGCCCAUCGAUCCGGUUGAGCCCCUAUGAACCGGACGAAGAUUUGUCGCCAAAUGCCCAAAGGGCCGUCGACGCCAUCGAGUUCAUCACUGACAGUAUGCGGGACGACGUUCUGACGAAGCAGUACAAAGACGACUGGCAGUACGUGUCGAUGGUGGUCGACCGCUUCCUGCUCUAUACGUUUAUGGGGAUCACGAUCGGCGGCACGGUGGGGAUCAUCUUCUCAGCGCCGACCGUCUUCACUCCGGUGGAGCAGCGAGUGCAGCUCGAUAGGCUGAAGGGGCUGUACAAUCGCGGAAUCACGAGGGAUAUUUAUCAA